GCCGCGGACGAGCUAGGACCCCGUCGCGUUCAUGUCCCUGUGGUCCUUGAGCCGGCGCAGACGGCGAAGUCAUGGCCUUGAGGUUGCUGAGACUCGUCCGGGCGUCGGCUCCCGCGCGCGGCCUCGCGGCCGGAGCCCAGCGCGUGGGACGAAUUCAUACCAGUGUGCACUGCAAGCUGAGGUAUGGGCUUUUGGCCGCCAUUCUUGGUGAUAAGACAACCAAAAAGCUGCAUGAGUACAGCCGAGUGAUAACAGUAGAUGGGAACAUAUGCUCGGGGAAAAACAAGCUCGCAAAGGAGAUCGCAGAGCAACUAGGCAUGAAGCACUAUCCAGAAGCAGGGAUACAGUACUCAAGCACCACCACAGGUGAUGGAAGGCCCCUCGACAUAGAAUUUAGUGGCAGCUGUAGUUUAGAGAAAUUUUAUGAUGAUCCCAAGAGCAACGAUGGCAACAGCUACCGCCUGCAGUCCUGGCUGUAUGCCAGCCGCCUCCUUCAGUACUCAGAUGCCCUGGAGCACCUGUUGAGCACAGGACAAGGUGUGGUCUUGGAGCGCUCCAUCUACAGUGACUUUGUCUUCCUGGAGGCAAUGUACAACCAGGGCUAUAUCCGAAAGCAGUGUGUGGACCACUAUAAUGAAAUUAAGCGGCUCACUCUCCCGGAGUACCUGCCGCCACACGCAGUCAUCUAUAUUGAUGUGCCCGUGCCAGAGGUACAGAGCAGGAUCCAGAAGAAAGGAGAUCCACAUGAAAUGAAGGUCACCUCUGCCUAUCUCCAGGACAUUGAGAAUGCCUACAAGAAAACCUUCCUCCCCAAAAUGAGUGAAAUGUGCGAGGUGUUGGUGUACAAUUCCUGGGAGGCUGAAGACCCAACCAAGGUGGUAGAGGACAUUGAAUACCUUAACUACAACAAAGGGCCUUGGCUGAAACAGGACGAUUGGACCUUUCACUACCUGCGGAUGCUGGUUCAGGAUAAGUCAGAAGUGCUGAAUUACACGACCAUUCCGGUCUACCUCCCAGAAAUCACUAUUGGAGCUCAUCAGGGUAGCCGGAUCUACAACAGCUUCAGAGAGCUGCCAGGCCGCAAGUACGCCCCUGGGUACAAUGCCGAGGUGGGUGACAAGUGGAUCUGGCUGAAGUGAAGGGUCCCCUCCGCCCAGCGGUGUCACAGCCAUGGAGAUGUCUGCUCUGCCCAAUUCUGUGAACUCCAGAGCUUUCCAAGACAACAGGAAAAAAGCAAAUGAUCAAGAAAUUGCCAGAAAAAAAAAAAAAAUCUAACAAAAAGAGUCUGACCCACGCCUAGGCAGAGAUGAAAGAAUCAGCUUCCACUGAAAAGGUUCUGGAACCUUCUAGUGAUGUUUUGGAAUCAUCUGGAGGAGAAACAAAACAGGGCUGGUCUGCUGAAAGCCCAGCUCCCACUGGAAGCCCCGUGCCCCAGUGCUGUUCCCUUGAGCCCUUCCAACUUGAAGAAAUAAAGCCGGCUCUGUAGCCCCUCCUCCUGUGUCUGCGCGGCACACUUGUGCCUGGUGCCUGAGGAUGCUCAGCCCUGCACUUUGGGUCUCUCACACACUGUUGAAGCAUCUUUCCUGAAGCAUUUGUUCUUUUAACAGCACAUUAGAGCAAAAAGGUGAAGAAUGGCCACAGACUAGCAGAGCCGAGUCUUAGAGCAGGCUCACUUUCUCAGCCGCCCUCGGGGCCUCUGGGCUCUUAUCUCUGAAGAGCAAGCUGAGCAUAGGGUGUGGGGUAGUAUAGAUGCUGUUAUCCAAAAUGAGGGUGCCAGUCCCAGGUGAAAGAGCAGUGGCAUCUUAUUGUUCUCCUGCAUGGGAACCUGGGGGUAGAGUCCUUAGGAGCUGGUGUCAAUCUGAAUUGCUCUCCUAAACUGUUUGUACUGAGACCCCUGCUGUGGCUGCUCCGAGCACAUGUAACUUGCAUUUAACUUAAUUAAAACUUAAUGAAAUUUA